AGUUUGUAGGAAGGAUUGCGCUCAGUUGGAGAGAGAGACAGUGAGGGGGAAAAGUGAGCUGGGCUCCAUCGAGGAGGAAAGAGACCAGAAGAGCCGGAGACAACUUUCUUACAGACUCCUGCUUCUUUCACCGAGAGGGUUUUUGGUGCGCUUUGGGAAGAGCAGAAGAAAACAGCGCACAACGUUAUCAAGGCACUGUAUUUAUUUUUUUUUUUUUGGAGGUGCUCGAAAUUAAAAUUUUGAGUGUAGUGGAUGUGAAAAGCCGGCGAAGGUUUAACACAGAGCCGGAGGAAUGUAUCCAACUCGGGCAGCGGCGAGCCAGCGUCUCUGGAGAUGUCCAGCCUGCGCUCUCUGGAUCGCCCUGCUCCUUCAAAGUGUCCUGGACCUGAGCGCGUCUGGGUCUGAGUUUCCCCAAGACCCCAGUGUGCUAGCUACCACUUCAUGGAACACCUCUAGUGAUGGGCCCUUUUUCAUCCGUCUUGAAGCUCCCAUGAACAACAUUACCACCUCUCUGGGCCACACAGCAGAACUUUUCUGUCGUGUGUCCGGCAACCCAACGCCCGUUGUGCGCUGGUUGAAAAACGACGCCCCCGUGGUGCAAGAGCCCCGACGUGUCUCGUACCGAUCCAUGUCUUAUGGAUCACGCCUCCGAAUCCGCAACCUGGACACUACUGACACAGGCUACUUCCAGUGCGUGGCCACCAACAACCAGGGCACUGUGUCCACGACGGGUGUGCUGUUCGUCAAAUUUGAUCCACUCCCUACACUUCUGCCAGGAAGGCCAACGGAGGAUUUUGAUGAAGAAGGAUUCUGCCAGCCGUACAGAGGUAUAGCCUGCGCCCGUUUCAUCGGUAACCGCAGCAUCUUUGUCGACUCGCUGCAGAUGCAGGGCGAGAUCGAGACCCAGAUCACUGCGGCUUUCACCAUGAUUGGAACAUCCAACCAUUUGUCCGAUCGUUGCUCCCAGUUCGCCAUCCCGUCUCUAUGCCACUUCGCCUUCCCGACAUGCGACCGCAGCUCUGGAACUGACAAACCUCGGGACCUGUGUAAGGACGAGUGUGAGAUCCUGGAGAACGACUUGUGUAAGACAGAGUACAUCAUCGCCCGCUCAAACCCCAUCAUCCUGAAGAGGCUGAAGCUGCCGAACUGUGAGGAUCUGGCUGUCUCUGACAGCCCCGAGGCUGCCAACUGUCUCAGGAUCGGCAUCCCCAUGGCCGAGCCCAUAAACAAGAAUCACAAGUGUUACAACAACAGUGGGUCAGACUACAGAGGGACAGUCAGUAUGACCAAGUCUGGGCGUCAGUGUCAGCCGUGGAACUCCCAGUAUCCUCACAGCCACACCUUCCUGGCCCUCCGCUACCCGGAGCUGAACGGAGGACACUCGUACUGCCGCAAUCCUGGGAACAAACACGAGGCCCCCUGGUGCUUCACGCUGGACGAGGGGGUCCGCAUGGAGCUCUGUGACAUAGCCAUCUGUGACCAUAAAGACAAAUCUGGCGGCGGCAACAUGGAGAUCUUGUACAUCCUGGUUCCCAGUGUGGCGAUCCCAUUGGCCAUUGCCUUGCUCUUCUUCUUUAUCUGCGUGUGCCGCAACAACCAGAAGUCCUCCAGGCCUCCUGCCCCCCGCCAGCCCAAACCGGUCCGAGGACAAAACGUUGAGAUGUCCAUGCUCACAACUGCAUACAAGCCGAAGAGUAAGGCCAAAGAGCUUCCCCUAUCGGCUGUACGUUUCAUGGAGGAGCUUGGGGAGUGCACUUUAGGGAAGAUCUACAAGGGUCACCUGUAUCUGCCUGGCAUGGACCAGGCACAGCUUGUGGCCAUAAAGACCCUGAAGGAUAUCUCCAAUGUCCAGCAGUGGACUGACUUCCAGCAGGAGGUGGCAGUGCUGACAGAGCUGCAGCACCCAAACGUGGUUUGCCUGCUGGGAGUGGUGACACAGGAGCAGCCUGUCUGCAUGCUCUUUGAGUUUUUACCCCAAGGUGACCUCCACGAGUUCCUCAUCAUGCGUUCACCACACUCUGACGUCGGCUGCAGCAGUGAUGAAGAUGGCACUGUGAAAUCCAGCCUAGAUCAUGGAGACUUCCUUCAUAUGGCCAUACAGGUGACUGCUGGGAUGGAGUACUUGGCAAGCCACUUUUACAUCCAUAAAGACCUUGCAGCUAGGAACAUUCUGGUGGGCGAACAGCUUCAUGUCAAGAUCUCCGACCUGGGUCUCUCCAGAGAGAUCUACUCCUCAGACUACUUCUGCCUCCAGCCCAAAACUCUGCUGCCCAUCCGCUGGAUGCCCCCCGAGGCCAUCUCUUACGGCAAGUUCACCACAGACUCAGACAUCUGGUCGUUCGGAGUUGUGCUGUGGGAGAUCUUCAGCUAUGGUCUGCAGCCCUAUUACGGCUUCUCCAACCAGGAAGUGAUGGAGAUGGUGAGAAAGAGGCAGCUGCUGCCGUGCCCUGAGGACUGUCCGCCAAGGUUUUAUGGUUUGAUGACUGAAUGCUGGCAGGAGGGACCAGCGCGUCGACCACGCUUCAAGGACAUCCACGCCCGCCUGCGAGCCUGGGAAGGGAUGUCAUCCCACGCCAGCUCCAGUACGCCCUCAGGUGGCGGAGGCAACGCGACCACCCAGACCACCUCGCUCAGCGCUAGCCCUGUCAGCAACCUCAGUAACCCACGCUACGCUGCUGCCGCCGCGGCUGCGGGUUACCUCUACCCUGCCCAGGCUAUUCCCUCAGCAGGCCAGAUGGCUCCGAUUACAGCAUGGACGCCCAUGGCUGUGUCCCAAACCCACCAGCGCUUUAUCCCCGUCAAUGGAUACCCAAUCCCGCCAGGAUACGCAGCUUUUCCAGCCCACUUCACUGCCCCUGUCCCACCGACUAGGGUCAUCCAGCAUCACUUGCCCCCUCCCAAAAGCCGCUCCCCUAGCAGCGCAAGCGGCUCCACCAGCACAGGUCACGUCAGCGGAGUGCCCUCCACCACGGGCUCCAACCAUGACGCCAACACGCCGCUGCUUUCCCACUGCAUCAUGCCGGGGAGUGGAGGGCCGGCUCAGGUGUAUGGACAAGUUUGCCAGAAGGGGGUGGGACAGCUGGACCACUCACAAACAUCAGCACUGCUCGCUGGUGAUUCUGACGUACUGAUGUACAACGACACGGUCAUCACCGCAGACCUGUAGAUACAUAGAGGGAUACUCGCACUCUUCCUGCUUGGGACCCAAAUUUGAGAAGUUAUGCCUCUCAGCCAGGGACCCAGUCUAACAUUUCUACUCUGGUCACAUGGAGACCCAAAAGAAAAAAGGCCUGUAAGCACGCUUUGGUGUGCAAGAAACACUGCCGCAGCUACACAAGUAUAUACACAUCUGUCUGACUUUUUAAUGCCUUAUUGUUUAAAGUGUACUUACUACCAUGGUUUGAAAAUGUUGUGUUAUUAUAACCUUUGUGUAAAUACGGUACAGUCCUGAAUGAAUGAAUGAAAUACAAAGAUAUAUAUUCAAAAGAACUUUUUAUUUAGGAAAAAUUUUAAAGGUGAAAAAGUCCAUCCUGUGUCAAAAUAAAUAGUUUGUAUCACAGUCUGACAAAAAGUCAACAACCCAGUCAAUGGAUUGCUUCAAGCAGGAUGAGAAGGAAACACUGACAUUCAUACCAUGACCUUUAGGUGCCUUUCAGUAGUGGUGUGAUUUGCUUGUUUCUGGACACAUUAGAACACAAAAUUGUGCUGUACAUUUUCUUGUACAGUGAAAGAAACUGCAUUUAGCAGGCAAUAACCAAGCGAACAAGAAUGGUACCAGCAGAUUGAACAAACGAGAAGUUUAGCAGCUUUUACUGGGAAUACCAGCACUGAUCUGCAUGAAUACACCAGUAUACAAGACCUACAGGUGACAUACCCCCGCCUUUUGGGUUCCAGCAGCCCGGCUAUGUCAAACUAAAACAGAUACAGGUAAUAAGUUGGCUAUAAAUACCCGUCCAGGCACUGAGAUCUGGCAGAUUGGAUCAUCAUCAUCAUCAUGCAAAACCCUUUCGGAAAUGACACCUGAAUGUUUUUUGUGCAACCUCAACAUGACUAUCUGACACUUUUGCAACAUGGACACAGGCCUCUUUGCCUUUUUCAAAUCUCAGUGUACAGUUUUCCAGGCUGAGGAACAAGGCAGCUGGGAGUACAUCUGAUUGGACAAUAAACCCGUCAUUCCUCUCUCUAACCAUCACAGGUUAUCCAUUCAUCAUAUCCACAUCCUCAUUUUCUCUUCUCACACCAUCUUCCUUGGGUUCCGAGCAAAUAUGGCAUCUAAUUUCAAAAGCUGGCUUCAGUGGCCCCCCCACAGAUCUACAAAUGAAAUUACACAGCACUCAUAUCCUCCACAGAUGAACUGGACCGGUCUCAGGGCAAACGCUUCAUUCACCACUCGAGGGCUGGGGUCAAUUUACUGUCAGUGAUGUAAGCUAAACUUUCACCCUCACAAAAGAACAUGUUUAUUGUAAAUUGGUUGUGGUGUUUUAAUUUUUAAGGGAGAGUUUUUCAGUAUUUAAAAUUUGAAGGAACUUAAGGAUUUUAUUCACAGGGCUUGUCUUCAUGUCUUUGUCAUUUCCUUUCCUGUUUUUUGGCAUCUCUAUUGUGGAAAAAUAUACCGUUGAAGACAUGGAGGAAUGAAAGUACUCAAAGCAGGGAGGGUUGGAGGCUCAUACUAGAUAAUGUUACCAUCACAAAAAUGAGCCUCUGUCUGUAUUUUGUAAUGUCUCAGCCAUGUGCAUGAACAAAAACUCAUAUAGUAGUAUGUUUGAUGUGCUUGAAUUUAUGCCCCCUCUAUGCUUGAACAGAAGAAUGUUUGACCUAAAAAAGGAUACAUUUUAUGAGCUGGGGACUGACUGUGUCACUACAUGCAAAGAGAUUUAUGUAUGUCGCUCCUAUUGAUUAUGUAUUAGUAAAUGUUGAGUAUCGUGGAGUCAGUGAACACCUGGCGCCAAAUGUACUGACAUGUACGUGAUCCCAACAUGGCAAGAAAAAGAACAAAAUUAAUCUGCCCAUUUUCUAUUGCCUUUUGAGUCUCUAAAAUUACAGCUGUGUGUUGUUGUUUUUUUCAACAUAUCCACUGUUCAGUAGCAGGUAAUCAUGUAUGGUGUUGGAUUUAAUUACUCAAAUAUCCUUUGUGAGAUGAAGACGUUUGAAGAAGAGCUCUCAGUCCUGUAAUCACACAAAUGAUCCCUCAGCUCUGCUCUGUGUUAUUAUUAGAUGAUGAGCUGAUUAGAAGCACAGCUUAAUAUGAAGCUUUUGUUACGGGGACGCUGGAAGGCAGUCAGAGGUUGGGGGUGCUGAGAGAAAGUCUGUCUAAGAUAAGGAUGUCAUACUGAAUGCUAAAUGCAUGACAUUUAUGAUUUUUGCAUUAAUUUGAAUGGGCAGGAUAAUUUAUAGCUGAUUUAAUAGUUAUUAACAACAUUUUAUAGAAAUUCUGUAACUUUUUAGUGGAUAAAACUGAUAAAAAAAAAAAAAAAACAAGGCAAAAACUAUUUCGUGUCGUAAAUACCACUGUAUAAAUGUAAAUCCCAGUAAAAAAGGAGAACGUUUUUACAUUUUUAUGAACUAAUGGUUUUCAUUAUGGGCAGCCCCCUCAGCACCCCUACUUCGUUCAUUUAAAACAUGUCAUAGAACCAGCAGCAGUAACAGAACAGUUUGUGAUCUUAGUGGUACCUGUAUAGUAGACAAUCAUAAGUAAACUGUAUGUAUGUGUUGCACUCUGCUGUUGUUUACAGACUAUCAUUCUAUCAAUCAGCUGUAAUUUUCUAACCAGCAUGACACAAGGUUACACUGACAGCAUUUCACUGUGGCUGUGCAGAGCAGAAAGCACAGUGAAGACGGCUUGUUGCCUGUAGUGCGUUUAUUUUUUAACCGUUUUAAUGUUAAAGUUUUAAGUUGACAUUUGUGGAAUGUAGAUAGACAAGACUUCAGUAUUUAGUUCAUCCACCCUUUAAAGCCUUGACCCUUUAAACCACAAGGCUGCAAGAAGAGUAGCUGCCCCCAUUCAGGUAGAAUAAAAUUUAAAAUGUCUUUAUUUUACCCCGAAAUAAUUUAUUUAACCAAAUAUGGUCAACAGAAGCAGAUUGUCUGCCAUUAGCAAAAUGGAGGGAGAAGAUAUUUGUUCCUUAUGUCAGAUCUAGUCCACAAUGAUUUGAAUCAUUUUAAGUUAAUUUUCCCAUCAAGUUUUUAUUUCAUUGCUGUCUUUUGUCUCUGUACUUUAUCUUUUUGUUCCUCUGAAGCAGAUCGAGCUACCUUGGCAUCUAAGUUUGUACCUCCAGCAUGUAAAGGAUUUAUGUGUACUAAUAUAGCAGUGCAAAAACCACUUGUACACAAGACUGUGAAUCUUAAUCAAGUCUAGGUAUUUUUGUAUUUGGCAAAAUAAAUCUUUCUUGUGCCUUUUUUUUUUUUUUUUUUGUCGUAUUCGAGAUCCAUUAAAAAAAAAAGACUAAAUACAAUUAAAUUUAUAUUUCAGUGUACCCAUUACAGAAGGUUUACAUGCUUAUCCUUUUGACCAAGAGAGGCCUUGUCUUUGUAUUUUGUCUGAACAUUUUUGCACAGAUGUUUUGUAUUGCAAAAUCAUUUAUUAAAUGAUGUUGUUUGGUUAAAA